AUGACUUCCAUUUCGUUUGCAAGUGGCCGGGAAGAGAUGGAGCGCCUCUUUAGUAAAUUUGAUAUGAAUUGCCAUGGUAAAAUUUCUGUGUCUGAGCUUCAGCUUCUUAUGAGGGCAAUUGGAGAGGAGGUUAGCUGCGAGGAUAUGGAAACUCUACUUCAAUUUGCAGACUCUGAUGGUGAUGCUUUGCUUGGCGUCGAUGAUUUCAUGAGAUUAGUAGGAGUGGAAAAUAGUACGGAGGAAGAUUUGAUGGAGGCCUUCAAGUUGUAUGGAGUGGAUGGACAAGAUUGCAUUACAGCAAGUAGUCUUAAGAGGAUGCUUAGUCGUUUGGGUGCAUCAAGUGCAAUCGAAAAUUGUGAAACUAUGAUUUGCCAAUUUGAUCUUAAUGGAGAUGGUGUUCUUUGCUUUGAAGAGUUCAAAGCCAUGAUGUUACUGUAA